AUGUCGUAUGAACAUGGAUGUCAUUUACACAACAAGCAGGAGCCGGAUGUGUUCGGAUUGAAAUAUGAUGACAACAUUAAUGGCUCUGAAGGACCCAGCGCCGACCACCCAGACAUGGUAUCACCGAUGAUCGGCUUCGUAUACUUCGCCGACUACGCCCUUGUUGAACCAAACGAUAAACUAUCACGCCAUGCCGAACCUGAACAUGACUGGCAAAGUCAUGUCAGCCGGAAGGAAAGCCCAGAAAUAAAGCGCAUUCUGGCAGAGGAAGUUUCCCAGCAAGAGUGGAUCGGUGUGAAAUUCUACUUGGCGGCCGAAAAUCAUCUGACAACACACGCGAGAGUGUAUGCGCUCGCAUGCGAAUAUUUUGUGUCUGCUCUGAGGUCUGCUACUUUGACAAAGUUCAUCCAAUGCGUGAAAGACACAGCGAUCAACGUCGAAGGCCUUGCCAUGGCUAUCAAAAUUGCUCAUUGUACAGCAGCCGGCGAACGCAACUCCGGAUUGAGGGAUUGUAUCUUCGACUACCUCAGUACCCACUCAUCCGUAUUGCUAGAUUCCGUCGCUAUUCGAGACGCGAUCAAUGCCGUGGAUGGCCUGACGAUGCAACUUCUCAUCAAGCAAUCUCAAUGCCGCUGA